AAUGUGUAUCUUUCCUUAGAGGACAUCAGGGCUGUCACUAAAAGGUGGAGAAACCUUAGAGAUACAUUCGGAAAGAAGCUGAGGGAGAUGAAGAAAAGGAGUAGUGCUGGUGCAGCAGAGCCCAGCUUAAAAUGGACAUACUUCAAUCAGAUGCUCUUCCUUCGGGACAUCGUAGAGCCACGCAUGACCACCAGCAACAUCAAACUCGACGUGGAGAAUGAAAACUCAGUGCAAGAGGCCCUGCAAGGCUACGAGGAGGAGCUGGAGGACAGCGCAUCGCAGAUACUUUCUGCCAUCGUCGACGGGCGUGGUGACGACUGCCCUGCGCACUCGGCCUCCUCUCCUCCCACCCACUCCCCGCAUGUCCUUCCUACCUUGCCUUCUCAAUAUGCCUCUCUUCGCCCUCAAGCUUCUGCCUCUGCUCCAUGCCGUUCCCUUCCUUCUCCUCAGUCCGUCUCUGCUGCUUUUGCAGACCCUGCCUCUCCAAACACUCUUUCAGACACAUCACAACCACCCAGACGUAAGAGAACUAUUAAUGACACUGAGCUCAUCCAAGACAUUGGCCGGCAGUUACAGAACAAAGAAACUCCGUCGCAACAAUUCCUACUUUCCCUGUCUAGCCAAUUGGACAAUGUGCCAGAGCACCUCUAUGGCUACUGCCAGAUACAUCUCCUGGAUGUGGUGUUACAGUACCGAAGAGGUGUAAUACCUACUACCCUAAUGCAGGUUCAAGGGCCGCAAAAUAAUGUACUGUAGUAUACACAUUCUCUCGAGUGAAGUUCUUUACCCCAUCAUCACAUGCCCCUGUUGUAUGUCCUUAGGAAUGCUACUUCCCCGUCCUAGAGAGCAGAUUGGGGAGCACUAAAUGCUCCUAUCUCGUCUGCUUUGGAGGACGGGCAAGUAGCAUUCCUAAGGGCAUUUGACAUGUGCAUGUGAGGAUGGGAGGAAAGAAGAUGUACAGAUGUGUCUGUUUGCCCAAUCCUUCGACUUAUCCUUUAUUCUUUGGUUUUACAAGAUAAUCGUAGCAAUCACAAAACACAACCUCUAAGGGACACUUUUGAGUACACCACAACAUAAUGCCUAAGCUUCUUACUAACUUUCAUCGCUCUUACUAACCAAUAAAUCAACCAUGCAACGUCGGAAAUAAUAAAACAGUGCAACCUUAAAAAAAUUUUGUCUUGAGUGCACCACUGGAACACAACUAAGAUAAACAUUGCACAAAUACUCUCAUUUGCACCACUGGAACACAACUAAGAUAACACUGCCCAAAUAUUCUAAUUUUACAUUCCCCUAGACAGAGUUGAGGGAAAAAAAUAAUUUACAGCUUGACAACUUCCAGCCACGAAAUAAGACUGCUCAUGCAGCAAUUUAUUUAUUUUAUUUUGAGUGACCCACCGACAGCCUAACGCAUCCUUUCUGGUGCACUUAUCAAUGAGUUAAUUAGUAGUUAAAUUUUAAACGGGAUAAAAGCUAAAUGUUAGGACAAAACAAUAGUCUCAACACUUUCUAAAUUUAGGCUCUUCAUCAAAAAUAUCAAGACUAACAUUCCCACAAAUCCAUUCUAAAUGGUUAUGCAUCACUUGUAGGUGUGUCAUGGGUGCAGCAUGGUAAAAUUCGGUAGGGUAAAACAAACUAUAAAGUCUACAAGACCUAUGAGGAACCUGCAAGUAGAUGUGACUGAGUAGCUCUGGUGAAUCAAUUACACCAUUUCCAAUCUUGUACAAAUGUGUCAGUCCACGAAUUAUUCUCCUGUUCUGCAACGAGUCUAACUUCACGAGUUCACAAAUCCUCUCAUAACUAUAGAAAUAAUUUGGUUGAAAAUAACGAUGAAACAAAACACAAAUGAAUCUACCUUGAACACUCUUAAUUACACCUGAAUUUUUCACUCCAAUACAGUCCCAGACAACAAACGCAUAUUAAACACGACUACGCACCAGUGAAGAAAACAAACGUAAAAUACAAAGUGGGUUAGAAAAACUCCGUGUCACUCGCGUAAUGGCUACCACCCUAAAGGAAACAUUCACAAUUGUAGUCGCGUGAUGAUUGAAAUUAAUUGCAGGAUCCCUAAAAACGCCUAGAUCACGGAUGACCUCAAUGCGAGUCAUAUCGGUGGAAUCCAAUAAAUAAGGAACACUCGGAAUUUCACACUUCCUAGAAAAGAACAUAACUUUCGCCUUUGACUUAUUUAAGAGUAGGUCAUUGGAAAAACACCACGCCAAAAUAGAAUAUAUAUAACGCUACAGACAUUCGCAAUCGUCAGCAGUUUUAAUCGCCGUAAAUAUCUUAAUGUCAUCGGCAAAUAACAAGAACCACGUGCGGUGUGUUUAAUAUAGGAAGCUAGAUCAUUUAGAAAAAUUAAAAACAGCAAAGGACCAAGGGGGAUGUCUUGAGGAACCCCAGAAGUAGAUAAAAAAAGGAGCAGAUAAUCGGCCGGAUGCUUGCACCAAGUUCAGCAGCUGAAAUAGGUAACUAUCGAGGAAACAACAGUACUAAAGACAAUAGAACAACAGUACAGAACCAAAUAGAAUACAUGUUCCAAGCAAAGUUACAUCAUGAUUAGAUCUAUAGUUGUUGACAGGUUAAGAACACAGAAAAUGCUACACCUCCAGCACACGCUCGUUGCCUUCUGCCGAACUUUGACAACUUAUGAGCUGAAGCAUCAUCAAUGUCCGAAGCGAUGUACCCGAGACGGAGCGUAAAGAUUUUAACCCGUCAUUGAUGAUAGAGCAUAUCUACAUUUCAAUACUAGUAUGGGACAUAAUGACAAUCACCAAUUGUUUCCAGGCUGUGACCCACAGGAGAAAGCUUCUGCCAAAAAUAUGUUUCUUAGAUAUUCUGCGUGCACAAGCAUGUGGUUUUCCAGAAAGAUAUUUAUGCACAAGUAUUCGCACAAACAAAAAAUCUGCAGUGCCUAGCUUGCACCGGAGCCUUUACCACCAUUGAAGACGACUUGUGAGACUAUACACCAAUUUAUUUUUACAAACAACCCGGAGCGCCCCUAGCGGAUGCCACUGGCGCUGCACAUGCACGAUGGAGUGUGGGCAAGAAGCUUGCUGACGCCCAUAAAGAAACCAUUGAAACGCGAUGCUGUUAGCGUCGGUGUGAGUCCCUUUGCCCUUUUUCACGUUCGAAUUGUUGAUUCUACGUCUUCCUGGCAAUGUCCGACUACUUGAGCGGCCUCAGAGAAAUUAACGAGGCUCGUUACACCGCAAAACUUCGCGUGAAUAAUGUGACAUGCAGCAAUUCAUUCCGUGUGGAUGCCGCAGAAUGGACGCUAAAGCCCGACUCGCAUCAUGAGAUUUCGCUCGCAAUUUUCAUUUGCAACGUCGCUCGAGCUGCCAAAGUGUGAACCACAGCCGAGAUGGUCGACGUUGAUACUGAAAAUCGCAAGCAGAAUCGGACCACGUGAAUCAGACAUAACAAGUCGGUGAUGGCCACUGGUAACAACGAUCAACAUCUCAUUGUAUCUACUGUUUACAUCGAGCCUGCUUACCAACCUUCCAACUUAAGUCUUUUGGGGCCUGCACUCGCUUCAUAUCGUAAGCACCGGGCCAACAUUUGGUCUAUGGGCCAAUGUUGUCUAAAAGAGCAGAUGGCAAGCAGAAACGUUUGAAAGAGCAGACGACAGUUCGAACGAUCAGGCGACUGUAUGAAGUUAUAGACGCACUAAACGUAGUCCGCAGGUGGUCUGUACAACUUGACGGCUUUCCGGUGUUCAUGUUGGAACAAAACAAAUAAAUCUGAUGAUAACAAGUAUCCGUGAAUUGAACCCAAAGUGCUUCCCACCCAAGCAAUCGUUGUCCAAUGGCGUCUGGUUUUCCCUUUUUGCGGCACAUAUCCACGUUCUCGGACGAACCGAGCACAUGAAAACUGAGCUUCAAACCUUUCUCGACUCUUUUAAAACAGCCCCAGUCGCGGCGUUUUGAUGAGAAGGCAGGUUUUUGUCUGGUUCCUUUCAAAACAGCGCAGGAAUACAUGUCUCACAUGGAGAGUUCCGCCCACAGCCCGACCGUAAGUGCGCCCAACGCACCACCACCGCGCCGUGACGUAACAGAGAUGAGUUCGUGUAUACACCACAUGCAAAUUAUCAAAUUUUCUCCUGUAGGUCAUAGCCUGGAAAGUGCAGAAUGCUGUACUGGAAUGCUUAACCUGCAAUAGACCAUUUGCUUAUUACCCAAGCAUCAGGGAGAAUGGAGGGAUCGGUGUUCCACGUGCCACACGAGCACGCCUUCCCUGUAUAAAAGAUUCAAAGUAAAUAACCAAAAUAAAGCGUUGACGAGCGCGCAUGCAAGGUGCCAUUUGUUUUAGGUAUUUGGUUUAGAAAAGUUACUACUGCUGAGGCCAGUGCAUGAAGCACCAAUCUCUGCAUUCUCCUUGAUGCUUGGGUAAUAUAGCAAUAGGUCUAUUGGGCCUCUUAGUUAACACUUCAGCACAACAUCUUGCCAGGACACUUUGCCUGCAGCACUGUUGAAGUACAACUUUCACAGAUCCCGCACAUACCGAGCCAUGUCGGCAAAGUUCCGCGCCAGUGUUCGCGCCACCUGCAUUGGUGGCUGAACAAGCAGUUUGCGCCACUCGCUGCCCUGCCUCUCACCAGUCGAAUCUACAAAGUCUGCGUAUCCAGCUGCGCAGUAUGCAUCCUCUCCUGCGUGCUGCUCCAUCAGAAAAUUGUGGAGAACGCAGAGUGCCUUCACAAGGUCCUCGGCAUUCUGUGGGCUCUCCCCUAGUAGUUUUUGCAGAAUCCUC